GCUCGCGGCCCCUACCCGAAAGCUUGUGCUUGAGAGAGCCGCACGGACACCCAACCCUUGGCAUUCUCCAGACUACACCGGCACCCGUACAGAGUUGUUUUUUUUUUUUUUUUAAUGGGCUGACGUCAUCAGCACCUUGACAGAGUUCGGUGCAGAUCUUUUGGCCAAGGGUGAAGUGUAGCUUUGAACCCCAGACCUAGCUUCUGGGACUCUACGUCGCGCCUCAGCCUUCAGCUCGAAAGCUUGGAGACGCCCCCCUUUGGAGGGGUGGCUCUUGGCCUGGAGCUCAGUCCUUGACGUCACUGCCUGACCUGCCCCCGCCCCCAUUCCUGCGCAGCUCUGCUCUAGGAGUCAAUGGGCUUUCCCCGCCACAGGACCCUUCAGCCCGGGGCGCGCCCCUGUGGAUCUGUCCCCUGCCUAGUUCCCGAGGGGACCCGGCAAAGGUGGAUGGAGUAGGUUCCUGAGUCAGAGUCCCCAGAAAAAAGUGUGUCUGGGCCGGAGGACAGUCCUGUCCCUCCGGGGUAUUCAGUCCCCUCAAACAGGGACUCUGACCACUGGUGGAGAGGAGAUGCGGGGACCUCUGGGGAAACGGAAAGACCGACUCACUAGCGGGGGCGAACGCACAGACAUCAGGACGUACAGCUCCGGACCUGGGGUCCCGCCGGCGCCUCGCCCCGCCCCUGUCCAGCCUCGCUCCGCCCACCUCCACCUCUCCCCUCCCUCUCUCCCUCCUCCCGAGGUCUCCUCCUCCCGACUCCCAGGGCGCCGCUAAGUUUCUUCGCUCGGGACCGCGCACGGGGCUGUGGACGAGCUGUGCGCCCGUUGCCGGGUUCUGGCGCGUAGAUCCCGGGCCCUGACCCCGGGCCCUUCGCGACCAUGCUGUGCGGUAGCUGGAGAAGGAGGCGCCGCUCGCCGGAGGAGCCCCGGGUGUCCGCCCAGGUCACAGCGCCCCUCGCGUUCUCGCCUCCGCCGGCGUCACCGGACGGCGGCACCAAGAGGCCUGGGCUGCGGGCGCUGAAGAAGAUGGGUCUGACGGAGGAUGAGGAUGUCCAAGCCAUGCUGCGGGGCUCCAGGCUCCUCAAGAUCCGCUCGCGCACGUGGCACAAGGAGCGGCUGUACCGGCUGCAGGAAGACGGCCUGAGCGUGUGGUUCCAGCGGCGCAUCCCGCGCGCGGCCUCGCAGCACGUCUUCUUCCUGCAGCACAUCGAGGCUGUCCGGGAGGGCCACCAGUCGGAGGGCCUGCGGCGCUACGGGGCCGCCUACGCGCCCGCCCGCUGCCUCACCAUCGCCUUCAAGGGCCGCCGCAAGAACCUGGACCUGGCGGCGCCCACUGAGGAGGAGGCGCAGCGCUGGGUGCGGGGGCUGGCCAAGCUGCGGGCACGCCUGGAUGCCAUGAGCCAGCGGGAGCGCCUAGACCACUGGAUCCAUUCCUACCUGCACCGCGCCGACUCGGACCAGGACAGUAAGAUGAGCUUCAAGGAGAUCAAGAGCCUGCUCAGGAUGGUCAAUGUGGACAUGAAUGACAUGUAUGCCUACCGCCUCUUCAAGGAAUGCGACCAUUCCAACAAUGAGCGUCUGGAGGGGGCCGAGAUCGAGGCAUUCCUACGGAGGCUGCUGAAACGGCCUGAGCUGGAGGAGAUCUUCCACCGGUACUCAGGAGAGGACCACGUGCUGAGCGCCUCUGAGCUGCUGGAGUUCCUGGAAGACCAGGGAGAGGAUGGUGUCACCCUGGCCUGUGCCCAGCAGCUCAUCCAGGCCUAUGAGCUCAACGAGACAGCCAAGCAGCACGAACUGAUGACUCUGGAUGGCUUCAUGAUGUACCUGUUGUCUCCUGAGGGAGCUGCCCUGAACGUGGCCCACACGUGUGUGUUCCAGGACAUGAGACAGCCCCUUGCCCACUACUUCAUCUCCUCCUCUCACAACACCUAUCUGACUGACUCUCAGAUCGGAGGGACCAGCAGCACGGAGGCCUACGUUAGGGCCUUCGCGCAGGGAUGCCGCUGUGUGGAACUUGACUGCUGGGAAGGGCCAGGCGGGGAGCCCAUUAUCUACCACGGCCACACACUCACCUCCAAGAUCCUCUUUCGAGACGUGAUCCAGGCUGUGCGUGACCACGCUUUCACGUUGUCCCCGUAUCCUGUUAUCCUAUCCCUUGAGAACCACUGCGGGCUGGAGCAGCAGGCUGUCAUGGCCCACCACCUUCGAAGCAUCCUGGGAGACAUGCUGGUGACGGAAGCCCUGGACCCCCAGAACCCUGAGGAACUGCCUUCUCCUGAGCGGCUGAAGGGCCGGGUCUUGGUGAAGGGGAAGAAGCUGCCAGCUGCUCGGAAUGAGGACGGCCGACUUUUGUCAGACAGGGAGGAUGAAGAUGAUGAGGAAGAGGAGGCAGAAGAAGCAUUGGAGGCUGCAGAGCAGAGGAGGAGAGCCAAGCAGAUCUCUCCAGAGCUCUCGGCAUUGGCUGUGUACUGCUGUGCCACUCGCCUGCGGACCCUGAACCCCGGUUCUUGCCCAUCCCAGCCCUGCAAGGUCGGCUCCCUCAGCGAGCGCAGGGCCAGGAAGUUCGCCAGGGAGGCAGGAACCAGCUUUGUCAGGCACAACACUCAGCAGCUGACCCGAGUGUACCCACUGGGGCUUCGGAUGACCUCAGCCAACUAUAAUCCCCAGGAGAUGUGGAACUCAGGCUGUCAGCUGGUGGCCCUGAACUUUCAGACUCCUGGCUACGAGAUGGACCUCAACACAGGGCGCUUCCUCAUAAAUGGGCAGUGUGGCUAUGUCCUGAAACCUGCUUACCUGAGGCAACUCGACACCACCUUUGACCCCGAGUGCCCUGGACCUCCCAGAACUACUCUGACAAUCCAGGUGCUAACAGCCCAGCAGCUGCCCAAGCUGAAUGCGGAGAAGCCUAACUCCAUUGUGGAUCCUCUGGUGCGUGUGGAGAUCCACGGGGUCCCUGCGGAUUGUGCCCACAAGGAGACAGACUAUGUGCUCAACAAUGGCUUCAACCCCUGCUGGGCGCAGACUCUGCAGUUCCAGCUGCGGGCCCCGGAGCUGGUGCUGGUCAGGUUCGUGGUGGAGGACUAUGAUACCACCUCCCCCAAUGAUUUCGUGGGCCAGUUUACGCUGCCCCUCAACAGCCUGAAGCAAGGCUACCGCCACAUCCACCUUCUUUCCAAGGAUGGAGCUUCGCUGUCCCCAGCCACGCUCUUCGUUCACAUCCGCAUUCAGAACUCCUGAGGGUCUCACUGACUUACCCUAGGAUCAGCAGGUUCUGGUAUCGUGGCGCAGAACCCUCUCUGGAGCAAGGGACCAUGGGAAUAUGGGCCCCUCGUGCCCAACCCGUCUUGGUCACCAGGUGCUAAGCGUACCUGGGUGCUGAGGGCUGUUUGGUCCCUUAGUGAGAGAUGAUCGGUGUCCUGUCCAGUGGCCCACUGGACUUCGGGGGCCUCCAACCCUGGGACCUUGAGGUGGUCCCAGUUCCCUUGGUCUUCAACUUGAGGAAGACAUAUCCUUCUGACCUCCAGCAGGGCAGUCUUAGCCUUCUUCCCUGAAGAGGGCACAGCCACCCGCAUUGCCUCCUUUCAGGCAUGAGUGGAGCCCCUAGAGCCUGCUUCCCUUCCUGGCCCAGGCAGAUGACCUGGAAGCAGGUUUGUGCCUUGUGUCACGGAGGAGUCCUGGAGAGGGCCCAAGAGGGACUAUUUUAAAAAAUAAAGAAAAAAUGUACCUUUCCA